AUGCCCUUCUCGCCCAAGAUGAACCCGUCGCUCAUUCCCGGCUCGCGCAGACGCAAGUCUCUCGCUCACGGCGAGGAAUCCGAGGUGGGGCCGAGCAGCAGCCAUCACGCGCUUGCGGGUCUGCAGCCCUCGGCAUCCACCUCGUGGAUCAACCCGUUCGGCAGGGCGUCGUUCAGCGUGGACGAUGACGCCUACCACGCGCCCGACUCGCUCCCGAGCUCGCGGCGACCAUCGGCGGCCACGAUCAUCUCGACGCUGCUGCACGGCGUUGGGAUGAACUCCAAUGCUGCCUCCUCAGCCGUACGCUUGAGUCACGACGAGCCAGGCUAUACCAGCUCGGAUGCUGCCAGUUCCAGCGGGAGCAGUCGACCCGCUCAGCUGGCGGCGUCUCCCGCACCCGCACAACACACCCGCCGACCCUCGGCGAUCUUCAAGGCGUGGAAGGCGCGCCGGGGCUCGGCGCAGGGCCAGAAUGCAGCUGCCUCGCCAGUUGUCGCGCCGACUACGUUCGCUUCGGGGAGGCGCAAGAGUUCGGCGCUCACGCGCGUGCUCCAGCCCGUCGCAUCCGGUCGUCGCGGCUCGACGGCCAACCUCGGUGCACCGCGCAUCGACGAGCACCGUCUAUCGUCGUCGCUCCACAGCGCGGAGGAUUCGGAACGCCGGCGUAGCCUCAGCAUCGUCUGUCGCGGCGAACGCGAUUCGGACGAGCUUGCCCCUUCGCACCGAUCGCACGCGCUCGAAGCGGCUGGUUUGCCAUCGGCCAACGGGGUGACUGCAGCGAUGGCGAUUCGCGAUACGUGGCUGUACGGUUCGCACCAGUGGACGCACGACGGUCGCAAAGGCAGCAUCUCGACGCAAGCCACGUCGCCGAGCCAUUCGCAUUUCGGCGCCCGCAAGAGUCUCUCGGGCGCGGCGAUGCGCGGUGCACUGGGUCUCGAUGAAGAAGAUGAGCAGAUGCGGUAUCACGAGCGCAAGUGCGGAGAUGCAGCGUCGGUAGUAUCGCUGUCGCUCACGGAGGAGAUCGCGCUGUAUACGUCCGACGUGCAGGCGGUCGAGCAGAGUGCGGGUAAGGCAAGACGCAGUGCCAACAGCAGCACCAGCGCGUCCGCGCCCUCGCAUGGCGACGCGGGGCGCGGCGCGUUUGUGUGGAACCUACCCGAUUGGGGUGCGACUUCACCACGGCUGGCGAGGUUGCCCGAGCUCUCGCCCGCACCGGCACUGGUGAUUGCGGAUCCGUUUGCAGCCAUUCAUGCCGAGUCGAGCGGGAUGCAGAGGAUCGAAAGCGGCUCGUUGGAUCCGGUGCUCUCACCGGCAGUGUCGCCUGCGGUGCUUACGCCCGUUUCGGAACAAGGCGCCUCGCACGGUCAUAGCGAUCACACGCCCACACACACCUGGUCGCAGCCCCAGUGGAAUCUCGAAUCGCCCUUUCGUCCCGACGCCCCGCUCACCUCGCCGUCCUCCCACCAACGUGCCUCGCUCGCAUGUACCGACCACAGCCCCACCUCGCCCAACUUCACCCUUCCCAGCGCGGACGAGACUCCCCGAAGGGCUACGGCGUACUUCGACGCGAGCUCGCUUCCCAUUGUCGAUGAGGUCCCCGGUUCGCCUGCCUCGGUUCGGCUGUCGCCACGGCUGCCUCGGUCGCCUCGCUCGCCACGCACGUUUGGGACGAGCGAGACGUCGUACGAGAUGUCGCGCGCCCGACGACGCACCUCGUACUCGCACCCACGUCCUCCCGCUGGCUACGACGUCGGUGCACCCGGUGAUGCCGACGACGCACUCAGCGAAACCGUCCCCACACCACGCCUUGUAUCCGCCGAGUUGACGGCUAGCCCCAUGUCGAGCCACUUUGCGCCCGAAACACCCAGCAGUGCCGUACGCAGCUUCCCCACCGACGUGCACAUCUCGCCCCCCAAGGAAGAGGGCGACGAUCUGCAUGCGCAGUUUUGCUCCGUGCUGCUGCUGGAUCUGGGCAACGGUACGGCGAUCCCACUCAGCCCCAGUCCCGGUACGGAGAGGGCGGAUCCCUUUGCACUCCUUGCACACUAG